CUUUUUUUGAUAAAUUUUUAGGCUUUAGGAGAAGAAGCUAAAGCAAGAUACGAGAGAUCAGAUUCAAAAUCGUUGAUUUGGACGAUUAUGAUGCUGAUGAUGAUGAGUACGAGGAGAAGUUGAAGAAAGAGGAUAUGGCUUUCUUCUUCUUAGACAGAGGAUAAUGGCUCAAGUACUUGAAGUAUGGUGUUUUUGGAUUAGGAAACAGACAAUAUGUGUUGCAGGUUGCCAAAGUUGUAGAUGACAUUCUUGUUGAACAAGGUGCACAGCGUCUUGUACAAGUUGGUCUUGGAGAUGAUGACCAGUGUAUUGACUAUUCCACAUUGGUUGAGACUUCGCUUUUCACGGACAGUAACCAGUCCAUUGUUGUUUGAUCUUCUCGUUUAUUGUUGGGCAGCAUCCUGCAGCAUCAGGAAGUGUUCUGGAGCGUUAGAAAGUGUUCUGGAGCGGCCUGAAGUGCCAAGCAUGAUCGGAUACACUACAUUAACGUAUGUCCCGCGGGACAGCCCGCAAAGGAGUGUGCAUUUGGCGGUACGGGCUUGGGACGACCUUUUGGAGUCCGCAACCCGCGCGGGCCUGGCCCGCCGUGACCCGCAAAGAGAUGAGCCCGCUGCGGUACGGGACGGGAUGGGACGGAUCAACCCGUUUGACAUCUCUACAUUGGAUAAAAUACGACACAUCAUCAAUUUUGGACGGUUGUAAGGAUACACUUGUCCAUGAAUCAACGGUAGAUAGGAACUCUUACCCUUAUUUCUUGUUUAAUUAAAGUAAAUAAUAUAGUCUUUUUUUUGCAUCAAAUCGUAGUUUAAUGAUUGGAUCAUGAAACUUGUGGCCGUUGGAUCUUAACUAAAACCAAAAGAUUGGAGAAAUCAAAUUUUAUAAAUUGCAGAAGCAGACUAGCUCUUGAGUAGAAGAGACAAAUCUGGUCGGAAGGGGGAGGGAUAAGGAGGAUAGUUUGGUCUUAAAAACUUUUGUUGUCUGAUCGAUUAAAAUUUUUAAAGCAAAGCUCAUCUCUUUCCUGGGAAGUCGAGCUCGAAAGUUUUGACCUUUUUUCUAAUUCGUCGUAGAUUUUAGACCAUUUUUUCAAUUACUUGGCUGUCAAUUUUGAACCAGUCUCUGAGGUGGAAUUUCAAGAAAACUGGGUUCUUGAAAAAUGAUCAAGAAAAAGAUACCGACUU